AUUGAGAAUCUACAGGAGCAGCUGAGAGACAAGGAGAAACAGAUGAGUAGUCUGAAGGACAGAGUCAGGUCUCUCCAGACAGACACCUCCAACACUGACACAGCUCUCACCACACUGGAGGAAGCACUGGCUGAGAAGGAGCGUAUCAUUGAGCGUCUGAAGGAGCAGAGAGACAGAGACGACAGAGAGAAGACAGAAGACAUCGAGUCCAACAAGAAAGAACUGAAGGAGCUCAGAGAGAAACUCAGUCUACUGCAGGGAGACCUGUCUGACCGAGAGACCAACCUGUUAGACCUUAAGGAACAUGCUUGUCCCUGGCUUCCUCCGGUCUGA